AUGACAAUAUACAGUCUGUACAUCUACGAUAGGCACUGCAACUGCGUGUACUACCAGGACUGGCACCGCACAAGGCGUCCACGGGUCGCAGUCGAGGGCGGGAUGCUGCCAGCCGUCUCCGCGGCGGUUUAUCCGCAGAAAGAGGAGCCAGUCGUGGACAACACCUCCCGCUUCAGCACGCCCAGGAACACACUCGCCUCCUCGUCCGGCAUCCUCGUCGCCCUCAACGAAGAUGCCCCGCGUACGCCCCUCCCUCCUCCUCGGCCCUCCUCACCCUUCACUCCCGCGCCGCCCUCAAAUGCCAUGCUGACGUUCGACGAGGAGUCCAAGCUCGUAUACGGCGUGGUGCUCUCGCUGCGCAACAUGAUCAAGAAGCUCUCUGGCAGGGACGAGCAGUUCGUCAACUACCGCACGUCGAGUUACAAGCUCCACCUGCAUGAGACGCUAUCCGGAUACAAGUUCGUCAUGCUCAGCGACCCCAGCGUCGACUCGCUCCGCUUCGUCCUCCGCCAGAUCUACUCCGGACCGUUUCUCGAGUACGUCGUGCGCAAUCCGCUCGCGCCCAUGGACUCGCGCGAACAGGGAAUAGAUAACGAGUACUUCCGUACGAGUACGGAUAGAAUGAUCAGGGGGCUGACUGUCUUUGAAUGA